UGUCAGGAGCCGCCGACCCAACUGUAGUUCUUGUCCUCUCCAGAACCAUGCGCAGGGCGCGAAGAGGCCUGCCGGGGGGCUUGGAUAUCGUGCUUGAAGGCGUUGUUCGAGGCAGCACGAGCAAGAGGCAGCUGGAGUCCUCCAUCUUGGGUCACCAUCGACGUUCCUUGAGGACCUUUAUGAAAAAGGUGGCACCACGGAGAGCGAACAAAAGCUGGAACACGGACUGCCGCGAAGAAGGCGGAAGUUUCGCGAUGUACGGGGUGUGAUAGAUGUACCCGAAAGCAACGGUGUGCGGUGGGGGCAAUUGUGCACGGACAAGUUGUUUGAUGCCAGCCCAUGCGAAAAGAGCUGCCAAAUUGUCCUCAUCGUGGAACGUGACAUCUUCUGCAGGCAUCUCCAGCGAGCGGGACAGGAACGCUGUAUCUCCAACGUGGAACUCGUACACCGUGGUUGCCGCCGCAAACGAUGCUCCGUCUUCAGCACCGGCCGGAAGACCCAACGUUGCCGAAAACUCCGGAGUCGCUGUCCUCUCCCGCUCCUUCUCGUUUGUCGGAGAAGCCGCCACCUCCCGCUCCUUCUCGUGCGGCGAGGCGGUACGAUGGGAACCAAGGGGCACCUGGGAUUGCGUGGGGGGGGGAGGAUAACACGGCGACGGGGGUGGGGGGCUGCUCGCGGGUCCUGGUGGCGGGGCUCCAGCUCCUUCAGCCGCGACCGGAGCGCCCCCUGCUUCGCCCUAGCCGCUUGGAGAUUCGUCUCACGCUCCACCAGAACAGCCGCACGCUCCUCCUCCUGCUUCCUCGCCGCAGCAGCCAGAGCAGCCUCGCGUUCCGCUUCCUCGCCGCAGCAGCAAGAGCAGUCUCACGCUCCUCCUCCUGCUCCCUCGCCGCAGCAGCCAAAGCAGCCUCACGUUCCGCCAAGCGCUCUGCGUCCUCGCGCUUCGCCUGCUCUCGCGCCUCCGUCUCUGCUAUCUUCCCGGAAGACCGUCGCACCACAUCUCGUUCAACCUUUGCUACGCCAUGAACUCGUGGUGGGGCAAGAGGAUUAAUUUGUCUUCCGGCGGGAGCGAGAAAGGAGGAACGAAAAGGGGGGAAUCGGACGACAGAU